AUGCCCGAGCAUGACUAUAUCAUAAUCGGUGGCGGCCUUGCAGGCAGCACGCUCGCCGGCAGACUGUCAUCAUCAACCUCUGCCCGAAUCCUGAUAAUCGAGGCCGGAUCUAAUGUCUCAGGCCAUCCACUCACAAGCGCCCCGCUGGCGUGCUUCGGUGCACACUUCUCGCCGCUAGACUGGGCGUAUACGACUGUUCCACAGGCUCACCUUGGGAACCGGGAGUGCUACAAUAGCGCGGGAAAGGCGCUUGGUGGCGGUUCUGCGGUGAACUACGGGACGUGGACGCGUGGGAGCGCGGCGGAUUAUAAUGAAUGGGCUAGGAUUGUGGGGGAUGAGGGUUGGAGUUAUGAAGGGUUGUUGCCGCAUUUUAAGAGGAUGGAGAGUUAUUGUAUUCGUGGGGUUGGGGAAGGGGUUAUUGAUACGGAGGCCCAUGGGUUUGACGGGCCGAUUCAUAAUGUUUCUGUUUCAGGGAGCAGCGAGGAGCGAGUAUAUCCGCUCAGGGAACCGUUGAGAAAGGCUUGGGCCAGGUUGGGUGUGAAGGAGAUUCCAGAUGCGAAUGCGGGCUCUCCGUCUGGGUUGAGUGAGUUGGUGGAGAAUUGGCGUGACGGAAAACGGCAGAUUGCGAGUGAGGUUUUUGGCAUUUCUGAAAGGCCUGGCGUUACUAUUAUGACGGAGACGACGGUGCAGAAGGUCCUCAUCGAGGUCAACGAGAGAGGCAAGAAAGUCGCAAGAGGAGUACAGGUUCUAGGAGGCCAGACUUUUCACGCAGCAAAGGAAGUGAUCAUAUCUGCUGGUGCAUAUCGUACACCACAGGUGUUGAUGCUGUCAGGGAUUGGGCCACAGGGCGAUCUCGCAAAGCACGGAAUCGACACGGUCCUGGAUGCACCACAGGUCGGACGAAACUUCCACGACCAUUUUGCGUUUGCGCAGUGGUGGAAGCUGCGCCGCCCAGAAAAAGGGUUGUCGAUGGGCACGCCAUUGUGGAACAGCCCUGCAUAUGGGUUUGGCAUUCCCUGCGAUUGGGUUGCCACUGUAAAGGCUCCUCACGACGACCUGAUCAGGGCAUUCCGACAAGACGGGGAGACUGAAGUUGAGGGACAACAUUAUCUGACAUCUAAUGCUUGUCAUGCAGAGACUCUCAUCGCCUAUGCGCCAUCAGGAGCACUUAUCUCGGGAGUUGAUAUCCCAAUGGAUGGUACACAUAUCGCGUCUAUUGUCUUGGGAAUGGCGACAACUUCACGAGGGUGCAUCACACUAGCAUCAGCAUCGGCAACAACGCCACCUCUGAUUGACCCAAACUACUACGCGACGGAGUUCGACCGCGCUGUAGUCCGAGCUGGGGUCCGACAAGUCGCGACCCUCCUUUUGGACAUCCCCGAAGGUCAAGAGAUCGUUGAGGCUGAGGCGCCGCGUCCCGGGUUCAAGCCGCUUGGUGUUGACCCCACGGACGAUGAGAUCGAUGCUCGGGUAAAAGCAGGGGGUAACACAUUCUACCACCCUGCUGGCUCGGCCGCAAUGGGAAAGGUAGUUGAUACAGAGCUUCGUGUGAAAGGCGUGGAUGGCUUAAGGGUUGUGGAUGCGAGCGUCCUACCACUCCCAGUGACUGCACACUACCAAGCACUGGUUUAUGCAAUUGCUGAUAAGGCGGCUGAUCUGAUUUCAGCUAAUUAG